AUGGAUAAAUAUGAAAAAAUCAAAAAAAUCGGCGAAGGUUCCUAUGGGCAAGUGUUCAAAUGUCGAAACAAAGAUACUGGCGAAACGGUUGCGAUCAAGAAAUUCAUUGAAUCGGAUGAUGAUCCAGCAAUAAAGCGUAUUGCUAUGCGAGAAAUUCGAAUGUUAAAGCAUUUGAAACAUGAAAAUUUGGUUAAUCUUAUUGAGGUGUUCAAAACCAAACGGAAGCAUAAAUUACAUUUAGUAUUUGAGUAUUGUGAUCGAACUGUUCUCGAUGAACUCGAGUCGUAUCGAAAUGGUGUACCAGAAGCAAUGAUCAAAAGGAUAACGUAUCAAGUUUUGAACGCGGUUGACUUCUGCCAUCGACACAAUUGUAUUCAUCGUGGUAAGUCGAAUGGAAAAGAAAGUGUUUGA